UGAAAAUACAGUUUUAAUGAUUUCACAUGAAGUUUGUAUUAAUACUUAUUAAGAGCUUGUAUUAAUAAAAUAAAAUAUUAAAUCAAUUUUUUUUUUUCUGAUUAAAUAAAAUGACCUAGUUUUUUUUUUAUGAAUAUUAUUGUUAGCUAUAGAUAAUGUGUUAUAUGUGUACAAAUUUUGUUGGUUUUAAUGUAUGUAAAAUAACCUAUCUAUUAAACUCUUACUAACGUUUACUAUGACUACAAAAAAAAAUAAAGGUGGCAUUGGAGCAAAUGUUCGAUUCCAGCCAUCUGAUCACAGACAAUCAAGAAAAUCACAAGCUGAAUUUGAUUCAUCUUCUAAUCGUCGUCCCUUAAUUCCAGCUGUUUUAACUGCAUCUCUUAUAGCUAUUAUUUGUUCAUUAUGUUACCGAGGUUACUUAGACACUCAUUAUGCGGUAAAUUCUCCAUUUCGAGGACCAAAAGUUACAAAAAAAGAUUCAGAUCCAGUGCUAUGGGGAACCUUUAGACCUGGUCAAUAUUUAGGCCUUAGAACCAAAGAACCUAAAGAUUUAGGAUCUGUGAAUGCAGGAUUAAUGUGGUAUAACAGUGAUGAAUUGUUGAGUAAAGGUCCUAAUGUAAUUCGAUACGAUUGUGAAAAUAGAGGUGACAUAAAAUAUGGAUAUAUUGAACAUGAUACUUGUAAUUAUGGUUUACAAGUUAUAGAAGAAUUAAAUGAAAUUUCUGGUGAAGUCAAAUUUAGAAUAAAUACAACAUUUCUAAGACCCGAUCAUAAUAAUAAAAAAGACUGGACAGUAAGAGUUAAUUAUGAAAAAAAAAAAUUUAAUAAUGAUGCUAUAUCAUUUAUAUGGUAUACUAUAAUUGAUCCAGGAGAUGAAAAUGCAAAAUCACUAAGUACUGAUGAUUACGAAUUACAAUUAAAAAAACUAUUAUCAGGACAUGUUUUAGCUAAAAUAAAUGGUCGAACUCCUAGUUUAGGAGAUUUUAAAAUGUCUGUCAUAUUUGAUAAUGAAAACAUAAAUGAUUUAAAAUCUUCCAUUCAUCUAAGCGUUGGUCGAACACAAUGUAAUUCUAUGGCUGAUUUAAAAAAAUGUCUUAUACAAGGCUUAAUGGCAGUUGAAAAUCAAAAAUAUAAUCAAGUACAUCAGGUAGUAUUAACUGAAAAAAAUGAAUCAAAUGAUAUGAAGAAUUUGGUGGCUAUUCAAAUAACGUUAUAUUCUCAAACUGGUAGUUUUGAUAUUGUUUAUCAACAAAAUCACAACUUAAAUCCAUUUUUAACUGGAAAGAAAUUUACAGAAAUAGCUUCAUUGUAUAGUAUGAAAUUUUAUGAAAAAUUUAAUCGUGUUUUUAAAUUGGAAAAUUAUCCUCAAGAGUAUAUUCUAUUUGCUCGUUCAACAUUUAGUCAAAUGGCUGGUAGUAUUGGUUAUUUUUAUGGUAACAGUUUAGUCAAAGAUGAAGAAUUGUCUAAAUCAAAUGAUGAUUCUGCAAUUCUACGUUAUUGGAAAUCACCAUUAUUAACAUCUGUUCCUAGUAGAUCUCAGUUUCCUCGGGGGUUUUUGUGGGAUGAUGGUUUCCAUGGGUUAUUGUUAUCUAAAUGGAGUACAGAUUUAGAGCUAGAUAUAGUUAGUCAUUGGCUUGAUACAAUGAAUUGUCGUGGUUGGAUACCAAGAGAACAGAUAUUAGGAUCUGAAGCAAGAGCAAGAGUGCCUAGUGAGUUCAUUGUACAAAGCUCAACAGCUGCAAAUCCACCAGCUCUUCUUUUAACAAUAGAGUCUAUUUUGGAUAAAUUAGAAGAUAGAGGUCGAUUUAGAGAAGAAAAUUAUCUAAAACACAGAGAAGUAUUGAAUAGAAUGUGGCCACGGUUACGUGCAUGGUAUUCUUAUUUUAAUGACACUCAAGGAGCUCAUAAGUAUUCAAAUAAUGAAUUUUUAGGUUAUAAAUGGUAUGGGCGUGAUACAAAUUCACCAUAUGAAUUAAAUCCAAAAACUUUAACAAGUGGUAUGGAUGAUUACCCUAGAUCAUCAAACCCAGAAAAUUCUAAAUUUUCAAAUGAUAAAAAAUUAAAAUUUCUAGAAUUUGAAAGACAUUUAGAUUUGUUUUGUUGGAUGUCACGUGCAACACGUAUAAUGUACAGAUUAGGAACAUAUUUAAAUUUAGAAAAUAAAGAAGAUCUAGAAGCCAUUGAAAACUAUAGAGAAUUUUACCAAAUAUUAGUUUCUAAUUUAGAUCGUUUACAUUGGGCUGACAGUAGUUCAAUUUAUGCAGACUAUGGGUUACACACUGAUAAAGUCGAAUUAAGACGGACACAAACAAAACAUGGAACCUUUGAAUUUAAGAGAUUUGUAUUAGAGGAACCUAAAUGGAUGUAUGUAGAUAAACACCCUGGCUAUAACAGCUUAUUUCCACUAUUAAUGAGAAUUGUUCCAUCAAAGAAAAAACUAAAUGCAAUUUUAGAUCUAAUUGAAAGUGAUUUACUAACAGAGAGUUGUGGUUUAAGAUCAUUAAGUAAAAGAUCUAACAUGUAUAACAAAUACAAUACAGAACAUGACCCACCAUAUUGGAGGGGCCAAGUUUGGAUUAAUAUUAAUUUCUUAACACUUGGCUCUCUUAAUUAUUACAUGGGAGAAAAUAGUAAUAUUUUUGAUUUAGAUGAUUCCAUUGAUAUAGAUAAAGAAACACGUUUAAGAUGUCGUGAAUUAUACAAUAAGUUAAAGAAUGAUGUAGUAAAUUGUAUUUUCCAAGAAUGGAAACGGACAGGCUAUGUGUGGGAAAGGUAUAGUGAUAAUUUAGAAGAAGUUUGGGAAGUAAAUAAAGAGAAUAAUGGAAAGCAAAAACGUAAAUUAGUUCACAAAGGUAUUGGAACUAGACCUUUUACUGGAUGGUCAGCAACCGUUGUACUUAUGAUGGCUGAACUUUAUUAAAUUCAGUUACUUCAUUAACAGAAUGUUAUUUUUUUGUAUUACUAUUUUAAUCAGAAAUAAAUUCUAUUUAAUACAUUUUA